CGUCAGCUUUUGAAGGGUGGCCGCGCCGCCAACGUCCAAUGGGGAGACUGUAAGUCUCCACGAGAACCGUAUUUAAGGUGCCCCCGAGGGCUGGGAGUCGACAUCUUUCACCACAUUUCACCGACGCUCUUCCGGGCUGCACUGACCGUACACGUGGAUUUAAGGUGAUCGAGCGGCGUCUGCCGUCGGCAUGGCAUCGGUGUCCUUCAAGCUCUCCUUGGUCUUGCUCCUGGCGACGCUGCUGGUGAUGCAAGGGGCCUACUGCCAGAUCACGUUCUCAAAAAACUGGCAACCUGGCAAGCGCUCCGAGAUAUGCUCUCAGAAAGAGGCACAGGCCAUCAUCAAGCUACGGCAUUUUCUGCUGGAAGAGGCCAAACACCUCGAAGAAUGCCGCCUUUUUUAUGGGAACGAAGCUGCCAAUGAAGACUGAAAGGAAUGCUGGUUGUGCCACGUUUAUUAUUCACAUUCAUCACUGAAUUAUCCUGAGAGCUCAUGCUCGUACUAAAAAUAAAAUAAAUGCACCAAAUAACAUCGCACUGAUUACGUGUACAUCUGUACAUGCAAAAAUAAAUGCGCAAUAUAACAUACC